AAAAUAUUGAAGUUUUAACGGAUGGCAAUCACUCUGUGCUCCGUCGUCAUCAGCGUUGCGAAUGACUCCAAAUAUUUUUAAAAGAAAGCACAUUGUGGCUCGCAGGGGUUCUAUUCAUCACACAAACAGCCCCACAGUGCAACUGUCUGCUUCUGGAUUGUUAACCAUGUCAGUGAUUGCUCUUUUCACGGCGGCGACGAAGCUCGCCGGACUCCUAGUAGCGGUCACCGUUGCCGCCAAUGCUUUUUCCUACUCCGUCUACCGGAAGAAGAACCUCAAGCAAUUUCGCUCUCCCAUAGACGACUCCGCCGAUGUUCUUGCUCACUUCAAUGUCAAUCCCUCUGGGGAGAAAGGAUUCUUUUUUGGAUUGGCUACAGCACCUGCACAUGUUGAAGACAAGCUUGAUGAUGCUUGGCUCCAGUUUGCCGAAAAUACUUCCUGCGACCAGUCAGAAUCACAUCAACACCCGCGCCCUCAACCAGCAGAUGCUAUUAUGGCCUCUGCUACAGGUGAUGGUGGAUCUCAGCAAGCCCCCUUAACUCAGAGAGAAGCUACCAAGACAAUAAAGAGGAAAAAGUCCCUUAAGAUAGCCAUCGAGGCACAAAUAAGAGGAUUUGAGAAGUACGUAGAAGUGGAAGAGCCAACUCCAACUGAGCAGUGUGAUCAUAAUGUUGCUGCCUGGCAUAACGUCCCACACCCGGAGGAAAGGCUAAGGUUUUGGUCUGAUCCUGACACUGAACUGAAAUUAGCUAAAGAUACUGGUGUUCAGGUCUUUCGAAUGGGAAUAGAUUGGUCCAGGAUCAUGCCUGAAGAGCCACUCAGUGGAUUGAAAGAAACUGUCAAUUUUGCGGCAUUGGAGCGAUAUAAAUGGAUCAUUAAUAGGGUCCGAUCCUAUGGGAUGAAGGUCAUGCUGACAUUGUUUCAUCACUCUCUACCACCGUGGGCAGGAGAAUAUGGGGGAUGGAAAUUGGAAAAGACAGUUGACUAUUUCAUGGAGUUUACCAGGCUUGUUGUUGACUCUGUUGCAGAUAUAGUGGACUAUUGGGUCACUUUUAAUGAGCCUCAUGUCUUUUGUAUGCUCACUUACUGUGCUGGUGCCUGGCCUGGUGGUAAUCCUGAUAUGCUGGAGGUUGCUACUUCUGCUUUACCUACUGGUGUCUUCAAUCAGGCCAUGAACUGGAUAGCAAUUGCGCAUUCAAAGGCAUACGAUUAUAUCCAUGAAAAGAGGUAUCCAGAUACUCCAUGUACUUCUCUUUCUCUUUUCACUCCAUGGUACAAUGAGAUCUUCAUUUCCCCAUCAUGUUUAAAGGCAUUUCAGUGACUUCAAGUUUGUUAUUUGAUUUAUUUUA